CAUUUUGGUGGGGCCGGGAUUUGUCCAGCGGGAGCGGCGGCGGAGCGCGCGGGGCCCGGCUCGGAGGCGGCGGUGCCCGCGGCGGAGAUGGCCAAUAUCGCGGUGCAGAGGAUCAAGCGGGAGUUCAAGGAGGUGCUGAAGAGCGAGGAGACGAGCAAAAAUCAAAUUAAGUAGAUCUUGUAGAUGAGAAUUUUACAGAAAUUAAGAGGAGAAAUAGCAGGACCUCCGGACACACCAUAUGAAGGUGGAAGGUAUCAACUAGAGAUAAAAAUUCCAGAAACAUAUCCAUUUAAUCCUCCUAAGGGUACUGUGCGGUUUAUAACCAAAAUAUGGCAUCCUAAUAUUAGCUCAGUCACUGGGGCCAUUUGUUUGGAUAUUCUGAAAGAUCAAUGGGCAGCAGCAAUGACUCUAAGAACAGUGUUGUUAUCGCUGCAAGCAUUGUUGGCAGCUGCAGAGCCAGAUGAUCCACAAGAUGCAGUAGUGGCAAACCAGUAUAAACAAAAUCCAGAAAUGUUUAAACAGACAGCUCGACUUUGGGCACAUGUGUAUGCUGGAGCACCAGUUUCUAGUCCAGAAUACACCAAAAUAGAAAACCUUUGUGCUAUGGGCUUUGAUAGGAAUGCAGUAAUAGUGGCCUUGUCUUCAAAAUCAUGGGAUGUAGAGACUGCAACAGAACUACUCCUGAGUAACUGAGCCAUGUAGAGAGAGCUGCUUCAGUAGUCCAGCUUGCCCUUUCUGGAGGAGCAUCACCAUCUGUUCUUUUUAGGAUUCUAUAUAGAUUCUCUUUUAAAACGGGCACUCUUGCCUGACGAUGCUAUCUAGGCACUAUUGGAGACUGAAAAAACCGCUCUGUAAAUAAAGCUAAUUAAACGUCUGUGUAAAUUUAAAAAGGGGAAAUACUUUAAUUUUUUUUCUUACUAAAUAUUGUAAAAAUUCUUUGAGCUCAGCUAAAAUAAUGGGGGGAAAACAUGCCUACUUUAGUGUUUAGCAGUGUGACGAAGACUAGCAGGGACUUGCUUCAGGAUUUUGAUUUAGUAAUUCAGAAAGCAACAUUUUUGAGUGUUAGUCAUCAAAAUUGUUGGUGCCACUCAUCACAGCUAUCUUACUGUUUUAACAUGGAUCCUAUGUGCCUGUGGAUUGACCUAUAUUUGCAUGCUUGUACUUAAUAGACAUAUUAGGUAGGGUUGCUGAAGAGAGCACCAUUGAAUUACUCGAGUGUUCUUGUAACUGUUUCCUGAAAGACUUUCAAGACUUCCAAAGUUCCAAAUGGUGACCUAUUCAGAACCCAUUUCUUUCUUGCUUAUUAAUUGGGAAACCUGGUUCUUCUUUCCCUUGCAUCAUGCAGCUAAAAAUCGUCACUAGAUUAUGUUUCAUUAUGUGUGGGUAUUGUGUGCCUUUUACAGUAGUCUACGCUUCCCCUUAAAGAAUAUAUUUUGAAUUAUCAGUAAUGAUUUUAAUCCAUCGUGUUUUCUACACAAUCUCGUAAGGAGUACGCCUCGAUAUAGCACAAAAAGAUGGAGCAGGUUUUCUUUCCUUUUUUUUUGGUCUUAAAGAGAUGUAAAAUGUUCUUCAGUACAUUCUAGAUAAUAUGAUUUGCCUGGGUUAGGAGAAGGAAAAAGCAGAUUCUAUAGCCUACUGAGAAUUUAAGAAAAAAAUUAUUUGAGUACUUGAUAUGAUGCAAUCAGCUGGUUUUUGCAGCAGUUUUCUAGCUUUAUUUGGAGCUUCAAUUUAAGGAUUGUUUACCAGGUACUUCAAAAUUCAUCCUUGCUUGCAUUUUUCUCUAGCUGACACAUGGAGUCUUUGUUGGUGCUUUUACUGUACAUACUUCAAAUGCACAUGGAAGUAGAAGUGUGCUCUCAAUUUAGCUUUCUUUUGGAUUGAUGUUUCUGAUAAACGAGAACUGAAAUCUUACCUUGGCUUGUACAUACAGUCAGUCGUUUAUUCAUAUUAAAAUGACAUUUCAUCCUGAGUGCAAAAGCUUGAAAAUUAUUAGUUUUGCAAUGUCAAACACUAGUACAUCUAUUUAAAGAGAGCUGUAAUGUCUUUUUGAAUAUAAUGCUAACUUUUGAGGCUAUAUCUGACAAGGAAGUUCAGAGAAAUCCUGAGUCUAGAGAGUGGGGAUUGUGGAUAAUGGAGUGUUGUACAAGUCGUUUUGCCAUGACUUUUUUUUUCUCCUAAACAGUGGAUUAGUGGGAUUGGGAAAUGUAUGUCUGUCUGGGGCUUUUCUGGAGCUGUGAAGUGCAAGUUGAAAUAACUUCACACUUCAUAGUCUUUCUAAAUCACACUAUAGAAAAUCAGAAACAUUAUCGUAUCUACUAAAUAUUUGGAGCAUAGCAGUAGGGGAACAGAACCAGAAAACAGAGCUGUAGAGACCCCGGUUGUUCAGGGAUGUUCCCUGUACUGCUCUGUCUGAUGUGUCCAAACUUAAAAUACAUCAGGGCACAGACGGAAAAUAUUCUGAACUCAUAUCAGUGCAAUACUAAAUGCAUUUGCUUAGUCUUUAUACUUAAUGCUUUUUGAGGUAUAGUCAAUGAUCAGUUUUCUUGAGUUAGUGUAAAUUGUUUGCAAUGAUGCCAAAGGAAAUGAGUUGUUUUGUCUUUCCUGAUAUUUAUUUAUUUUUUUAACAAGAAGCUGCUACUGUUCAGCUGGUUUGCCAGGUGAAAACCAGAGACGGUAGGAAACUAUGGCAAAAUGCCACUUGUGUUAAUCUCAAGUUGCUGUCUUUUCUGUUAUACAGGCUAAGAACUUCUUGAUUACAUCAACACCUUUUUUUUUUUUUUACCCUGGUGGUAAUUAUAAAUUGCUGACUACUUUCCCUUGUUCUUCGCUGCUAUUUAUCAAAAGAAGGAACUUGGAAAUCAUUGUUGGGGACAUAAAACUUCUCAGUUACAGGCUUCUGAAUGUGUCUUUUGGUAAGAUUAGUCUCCUAAUAACAGGUUUUUCCAACAGUAUGUAAAGGGAUAAAGGAAGCCUGGGGAAGGGGGAGAAUAGAGGAUAUGGUUCUUAGGUGAGCAUGGUCACCUCUGAAACAAUGCCCUGUUAAGUUUUAUUUCUCUCAUGAAGUUACCUCAUUUUCUUCUCUACUGCAAAACACUCGUCUUCCCCUUUCCUGUUACAUAUAGAUGUUGGAUACUGGGUUUUGCCCUCCAUCCGUGUACUUGGUAGCAAAGGUAUCUUGACGCUAGCUUAGAUGCUGGCAGGAGGGAAGCUGCUCAAGAACUGAACUGGGGUGGCAACAUGACCUGGCAUUAAGGAGACAUCUGUCAUCUGAAGUCCCUCUGAAUUUUGACAUGCAAAUCCUUUAUAAGGAAUGUUUUUGUAUUCUUGGUAAUUAUCAGAGUUGAAUAUAGGGGUAAUGUUGUACGAGGUUAGUUUAACUGCAGCUGGGGCUGAGCCCUAGGAAUUUUGCUGUUAGCGUUCAGUUUAUCAUUGUGAGUUUGUACAUACAAAAUGGUAGUUCUGCUUUCUGUAUGACUGAACAUUGCUAUAUUCAGGGCCCUGUGCAUUCAUAGACAUGGAGCUGCCAAGCAGCCCACUGCGGCUGCGGACUCAGGCUGCACAUUUACAUCACUUUCUUACAACAAGAAUAUAAAACAUGGGUACAGUGCAAAUAAAUCCCGCAUUGUCUUCCUCUAUUAUGUAAGAAGACUGCUUUGAACAGUAGUUUUGAAGUCCAAGUGGCCCUGUUUAUCUAAACAAGGUAUUGGUAAUGAUGCUUACUGAUUGCCAGAGCAUCAAUCAGAUUUCACUGCUGAAUGUUUUAGCAUGAAUUGAGCAUAGUGGUGUUUAUCCCUUGUUUGUUUUGUUGGUGGGGAGCAGGAAACUCCUAUCCAGUCCCUCAAAACAUAACCUACAGUUUUGGUCAGAGACGGAGAAAUGCCCUUCCUGUUGCCAAAAGCCUCCGCUUUCCCAUGAGUGCCAAAAGCCCCGACUGUAGCCCAUCCUCACUCACCAAAUGCACAGCUUCCUCCUGUUGCUUCUGCAACUGGGCUGUGUUCUCAGUGUGACAACCUGGUACGAUUUGGAGACAAAAAAUCUUAUCCUUCUGGAAAGAUGCAGGACUUUGUGCUUCUCAGUCUGCAUAUUCCAAACUUUAUUUUAAUUAAAAAAAAUAAUGCCACAGAAUACAUGGGGCCUUGACUAUAAUUGGUUUGGUAGUGUUUAUCUGAGCAGUUUGGUACUAAUGGUGUAGGAAUAUGUCUUGGGUUUUUUUUAAGUAUCAUUGUAUUUAACUGUUUUCCAAGUAAAUUGGUAUUGGAACACUGACAUAAGGAAUAUAGGAUCUUUCUUGUUGUUGUCUGAAAGGAAGAAUUAAAUAGCCAGAAAGAAGCAUACCUUGUAAUGCCAAAUCUGCAUUGUGUGGUGUGGGUAACAGAAACAUUUAAACUAUGCAAAUUUAAGCUUAACAGCUGUGAAUCAGCCGAGGCACUGCAGAGCCUGGGGAAGGGGAAGGAAGAAGGGGGUGGGGAGGGAAAUUAAAACAGUUUCAAGCAAGAGUCCUUGUUUGCUGCUUUGGUUGCACGCUGUGCAAGUGAAGCAUUCCAUUUCCAGCACAAGGGGAAAGGUGUCUGUGUGCAUGUCCCUUGCUUCCUUCCGAAAUACCAACAAAAGCCAGCGUAGACUUGGGACCUUGCCCAAAGGGGGAAAUGUUAAAUGACUGAGCAGUGGAAGUUAGUUGUACUUACUGUCUGCUUGCGAGCAAGUGCAACAAGAAGAUGGGGUGGCCUGUCCUGCUACAUUUUGUUUACAGAGUUGAUGGGAAGCAGCUCGAUGAGCGUGGCCACUGAUCUGUGAUCAGGUGGUUGGUUUUGUGUGUGUUUGAGCAAUUGACUCAACAAUAGAGAGCGAAAGUGCAUUUCAUCGUGCUGUCUGUUGCAUUGCAGAACUAAAGCACUGGAAGUAAAGAUGCUCAUUGGGUGCCUAAAGCUUUUUCUGGGAAUGCCACAUACAAUGUUUUCACUGUUACGUCCUCAUUUUUCAGGCGCAGUGUUCUGUGGCUGGGCUAAGAGGCAAUCACUUCUUUCUUGGUAGUUUUCUGAUCUGUUCCAAAUCCAUGAGUAAGUCCUGUAGUUUGCUCUUCCUGUUUGUGGUGUUAGUGCCAUCAGCCAAUUCAUCCUUAGACUUACAAGACCAACUGUCCUUUAUGCAUUUUGCUUCUCGCUCGGUUAUUCCAGCUGCAGUGCUCUCUAGGUAGCAGCUCAACUUUCCAGGUUUGUUCUCACUGGAGAAACUCCUGCAAAUCAUUCGCACUGUACUGUGAUGUGAUGUUCCUUCUCUGCUGUUACCUGCUUUGUAGGCAUCAGAUUAGCUAGACGGUCGGUUAUAGUGCUGAGCCACUCAUUGAUGAUGUCAGUUAAGAUUCAAGAGAUGAGGAAACAUACUGUGAAAAUGCUGUACUUGUCCAUUUUCCAAUUUGCAGCAACUGCUGGUGCUCUGUUGUGGUGUCUGAAGGAGGCUGCCAUCAUACCAAUGCUGAUGUCAACUGUUGAAGAACCCCGAUUUUCACUUACCUUUUCCAUCCUAAAUUCAGACUUUUCUAAUUUAAAAAGAAAAAAUAUUUACCACUAAAAAAUGUUGCAGGAGGUUGGUUCCUGAGCAUCGGACUUCCUGGGCAGGAGGAGCGGGUGGGUUGGAAUGCAGCAUCAGUGUUUUUUGUCUUGAAAAUAAAAACUACACGAACACUUUUGUACACAAAUGAUUUUUUAAAUAAACACACAUUUUAAAAGAUGUCGAUUUUCACUGGGAAUGCUUAAAAAUAAAUGCAUGUUUCCCUGAAAACAGUUUUCAUUUUAUUUCUAGUAGUUCCAGUUGGUCUGAGAUCACAGGGUGUGUUGCCUCCAUACCAGUAACGAGGGAGAGGGGUGAUGGUUCUCAUGAUGCACAUUAAGAAUCUUUGAAGAAGAAAAGUGUAAAUGUAAGAUGCGUAAUAAAAGCCUGUGUUAUUUCAAGUUGGACUGCCUCCUGCGAUAGUCUAAGGACUGCGUGUGCAUCUACACCACCUCCUGCCUCCUGUCAAAGGCUGUGGCUGAAGAAGCAAAGUCAGUAACUCAGAGGAAAAAAAGUUUGUUUGGAUUUUCCAGCAUCACUCAAGUUUGUCUCCUCUAUGUGCGUUUUAAGCUUUCUGUACCCCGCAGCUGGCUCUUACAGGGGCAAGUGGGAGCCUGGGAGGUGAUUGGCUGCCCUGUCUCAGCUGUAGGAAGAUCUGGCAGGGAGGACGUGUGGAUUUGUGUGCCACCAGCUGGUACCGGUCACUUCUCCUGCAUGGCUUGGUCAGCAUUUGUUCGAUGGAGUAAAACAGUUUGAAAGGCAGCAGCUGCCCCGUGAAGCUGGGGGCAGGGAGCUUGCCAUGAAGCUGGUUGUAUUGCUCUGUUCCAGGUGUCCUGGUGUGUGUGUUCUCCUCGGGGCAGGGUGGGUUUUGCAGGUUUCCAGACAGGCUCUUCGAGCUGGGAUAGCACUGCACGGUGUUAGUGUUGAAAUGGUGUAAGAGGAAUUUUGGGUUUUCUUUUUACUCGUCACAAGCUGAGCUCUAUUGUGGUACCUGUACUGUGAGAGGGAGAGGGAAAACUCUGCAACCCCUCUGCUGCAAGGGGAGCUUCUCUUGGCCUGCCCGCCCCUCUAGAAAAAUCAAAAUAAGAAUCCAUAUCCAUUGUUUUUGCAGUUAGAGGCUACCACAACAUCAGUAGCCGAGAGCUGCUUUGAGUUGUGUUAAACUGAAAUACUUGCGAAGUUGUCCAACAGCCUUUUCAUUUCUUCCAGGACCCCAAAACUGGAAGCGCCUUCACAGUCGAUAUGGACUAACAGUGCUUCCCAGCUCCCUCCUGUACUUACUGCUCUGUUUGGAUUGCUGUAAUCCUGACAUGCUCAGCUUUCAGGCAGGUGCCAGGAUUUUAAAUUGUUUUAAGGUCAAGUCUAGGUCUGGAUCUGGAGCUCCCAUGUCUGGUAUACAAUGUUGAAUAAACUACAUUGCUUCACUUAGUGGCUGCUUUGUGUUGAAGUACCUGAAGUCUUUAGGUGUGUUCGUGAUAGCCUGGUAUAAAAUAAAGGGUAGUCGGCUGGGAUGGUGAGGAAAAAAGGAGGCUGGUGUUGCUGGGGCAAAGGUGGGAGAGAAGCUGUCUUGUGCUGCUGUUACCUGAGCCAGCAGCCCCUAAUGGUCCUUGGCCUGCAGCUGCCUUUGUGUACACAGGGGUUGCGGGGCAUGGGCUCACAGCCGCUCUUAGGGCAGGGUGGGAAAAGGGAUCAUGUUCAGCAAGCGCUUCCCUUCCUCCCUCUUUCCCAAAAUGACUCUUCUCAGAGCUGGCAGUUUAAGAACACGAUAGGUGGCAAGUAGUGACGGCUCCUGCUAAUCCUGUCCAAGAGGUUUGGAAAGUUGCCUGCAGCCAAGCGUGUUAUUGGAUCCUGGGAGUGGCCCUUUCUGGUUUCAGGGCAAAACCAGCUGUCCCCAUUUUAAACAUCUACCUGCUGCCCAAGCGCAGAGUCAGGUAUGACAGUGGCUUCCUUGAAGCAGGAGCACCUGGCUGGUCACAGCCCCCCAAAAGAGAUGAAACAGUUAUGCUCCAAGGUGAAUUUUGGUUCAAAAAGCAGACCUGGAACCUGCUGGUUAUUUUUUUCAAACUGCAUGAAGGUGGGAAAUCGUGUCAUUGCCACAGAUUUAAGUUUCCCUGAACACAAGCUUGAAGAACAAAUAGCAAACAUGGUGCAGGUCCCAGGCGUUCCUGGAAUUGGCGGCCAGCAUAUCUUUAACAUCGUUGCUGUGUUGAACUCGAGAUGGUUUAUCUGUGUAUAAAGUGGUUUAAAGGAUCUGAAGCUGUAAGUUCAAAUGCAAUGGAAACCCUCACAUUUAUGGUUUCUACUGUCAAAGAGCGAAGUGUGAGAAAUGAAUCUUGCCUAUGAAUUCCCAGAGGUGAAUGACCCACUGGGAUGGGGAAAGUUCUACUG